CCCACGAAGAUGAUCUGAAAGGUAUGAUACAUGUUUUGUACAGGAAUAUAACACAGUAUGUAGAUAUAAAAUUUGUAAAUAUUAUGUACAUUGGUUGAUAUAUAGUUUACUUUUGCCUCUCUUAUUUGCAGAUAUUAAACAGUGUUAUGACCAAAUUACCAGUUUACACGUGUACAGUGUGCAAAAAACGAAACCAAAGGUAAAACUGUAACUUAUAUCAUUGUAUAGUAUAAUUAUCGUUAAGACCGAUUUACACUACACAACUUUUGCCUAAAACUGUCCCAUGCAACCUGCUUAUAGAACUUGAGUUGUACCACAGAAUACUACACAGAAGUCCAUCUCCAUUGUUUUUUGCGUAAGCGUUAUUCGUCAUGAUUCGUCACUCAACAAGUGCCGUAAACAGAAGCAGUCACCCCCCUGGACGUGUGCCAUUUUUAGCAUUUCCAGGGGGGGACUGCUUCUGUUUACAGUACUUGCUGAGUGACGAAUCAUGACGAAUAGAGCUUACGCUAAAAACAAUGCAGAUGGACUUUUGUGUAGUAUUCUGUGGUUGUACUGUGUAAAUCAAGCACAUAACUCACCUAUGACAACGUACUUUUCCAAAGUAAGCUUUUUUCCCCUUAAACUAAAAAGGGUAAUUUAAGAAACUUACUGCUACAUUGAAAAGGAAUAAAGCGUGCAUGUAUUAUGAAAAAAAUUAAAGCAAGAAAAUUGAUAAAUAUUAAACAUUGAAAGCAAAAACUUGCCCUAUAUUCACAUAAUAAAUCAAUUCUUAUUUCUUCAAAACAGAAUUACUUCCACUCCGUCGGAUCGGAGACCAAAUUGUAGAAGAACAGCAGCAAUACUGAAUUUAUGAAUUUUUGUAUUUAAAUUACUAUUCCAGAAGUGGAUUUGAGUAGACAAACACCCUAAAUUUUGAUCAGCAAUUUUGAUCAGCAAUUUUGAUCAGCAAUUUUGAUCAGCUGUAGAUCAAUAAUCGUUUGAGAUAAUGAUAUCAAACAUUGUAUACAGUCAUUUCUUACUUAUAUCUGUUAAUGCUGAAAAAUUAACCCAAUCCCGAGAGGUGUGUUGCGAGCCUCUGAUGGUAUAUUUGGCAUGGAAUGAUCCGAUGGUAAAGAACAGUGCCGCGUCACCGAAAACAAAGGAUACCGGGGUCAAGUUAAAAAUUAGACAACAUAUGUCAUAUUGUUACAAGCAAAAACCAUUUCAACGGCUUCACAUAGUGGACAAUGUACUUUAUCUGUAUUUUAGGACUCUAAUGUAUUAUAUUUGGCGGACUACGAUUUACAGAAGCAAAACCUGGACUCACCUAACAGGUAAAGCAAUAUAGUAUUGCACAUGCAAAUUAUUGUACAUACAAACAUUACAGUUUUCUUCUGAAAAGACAUGAUUAUGUUUCUGCAAUAUUGCAGAGCUUUAGAUUACCUCCUGUAAACAUUAAACUCAAAAUACGAUACUUUAGGCAUAGAGCUAUUCGAAACGAUUUUUUCCUUGGAAAUUCCAAUAAACGCCUAAAAAACAAAUUGAUCUGUCUCUUAUACGCCCGUAUUCUAAAAGCUCACUCACACUCAAUGAGUGGAGUUUCGAUCUGAGCUUCUCUUAGGUGCCAGUGCAGUUUUUGAAUAGCUGGAGGGUUAGUAUCGUACCUUAAUAUGUGACUACUCACCCUCCAGCUAUUCAAAAACAGCAUUGACACUCGAGAGAAGCUGAUUCAACCUCCACUCAUUGAGUGUGAGCGAGCUUUUAGAAUACGCGGGCGUUAAGCUCGAGUUACACGAGCAGCAAAAUUGCUACAACUUGCAACAAAAUCUGAUUUUUUUUUUUUGUAUAAACAAUAUAUUUAAAUUAUUUUUGCGUUUGCUCUAAGAGCAUUAAUGCUCAUCAAGAGAGCUCACGCACAUUACAUUUUUACAAAAUAAUUUUCACACAUAUUUUACAAACGUCACAUAUAUUAAAGUAAAGUAAGAUAAGGUGGUAGCCUUCUCAACCCAGAUUAAAUCUUCUUGUGUUUCGAAUAAAAAGUUGAACAUUGUAAAAUAUAAAACAGUUUUCAUCUUCAGUUAACACAUCUGAACCAAAUAGGAACAAAUCAACUUUUUGAUUGUCUGAGAGAAGGCACCAUCUACUCGGAAAUAGUUGAGCAACAGAGGCCAAAAGAUUGUUUCUAUAAAAAUCAUACUUAAUGCAAUGGAGGAAGAAAUGAAUCGCAUCUUCGUUCACGUGACCGCAAGAACAUGCUGGAGAAAAUUUUACCCCAAUUUUGUUCAGGUAAGUAUUAAGUGCCGAAGCACCUAAACGAAUACGGGGGUGUAAUAUUGAUGUAAAUCUGUCCAACGAAUAAUCGAAGUACUUAGGAUGUUGUUGUAAGUUAAAGUAUUUUUUCAAUUCAUUUUUAAAAGUGCCUACACCUUGUGCUGUUCUAAUGGAAUGAUCAAGAUCAUUCCAAAGUCUAGUGGUAGAUGGGAAAAAAGAUUUUUUAAAACGUUCGGUACGGGUUGAGAAUAAAGAAAAGUUUUGUGAAUUUCUUAAAUUAUGGCUUGUUCUUUCGCAUACUCUCGGAGAUAACACAUUUUUAAGAUAGGCUGGAGUAAAAUUAUUAACUAUUUUAUAAUACAUUGUCAGUUUACGAAUUAAUCGCCGAGUUUUCAUUUCUUCCAAUCCCAAUUCAUUACGAAGGCGCACUCUACUUGACCCUUUGAAUGCGCCAGUCACCACCUUACUCGCUUCAUACUGAACAAGUUCGACGAGCUCUGCUUCUGCAUCAGAGCAUGCAUCCCACACAAUAUCCGCAUACUCCAUAGUAGGUCUAAUCAUAGAUUUGUAAAGCUUGAAUAAUGUUGACCUGUGAACCUUAAAUCUGAUCCCCUUCAAUAAGUUUACUCUCUUGCUAGCUUUCUGAUAGAUAUUUAAAAUAUGUGGUCUCCAAGAGAGAUUUGACGUCAGGGUUACACCUAAAUGGGUAUGGGAACUAACUUGCUCAAUAAUAUUGUUACGAUAAAAUAAGUCAGGAUGUUGCAAGUUGUCUCGCUUUGCCGAAAAUGUUAUGCUUUUUGUUUUGGUAGAAUUGAUAUUCAUUAACCAUUUAUCUGCCUAAAUACUAAUGCUGUCUAAAUCGCUAUUUAAUUUAACUGAAGUUAUUUCUGGGGUCUCGACAACUUCACAUAGAGAAGUGUCAUCUGCAAAUAACAAACCCUCAGACUGAAUAUUUUCAGUGAUAUCAUUAAUAUAAAUUAAGAAAAGUAAGGGUCCAAGAACAGAACCUUGUGGUACCCCUGCCUCAAGAUCACCCCAGCCAGACGAUUGCCCUUCAAUAACUACUCUCUGUUUUCUACCAGAAAGAUAGCUGUGAAACCAUGAUAGCAAAGACCCUUUUAUUCCUAAACAUUUCAAUUUAUAUAAAAGGCCUUUAUGCCAAACUUUAUCAAAAGCCUUGCUUAUGUCCAAAAAGACCAUACGGACCUCAUGUCCAUUUUCAAGGGCAAGAUAAAUUUUAUGAACUAAAUAAGUUAACUGGUUAACCGUAGAAUCACCUGGGCGAAACCCUGACUGGAGAUCAUUGAGAUAACCAAUAGCUAAGAGAAAAUUGUAAAGAUUUUUAUAAACUAUUUUUUCCAUGAUUUUAGAAAGAGAGUUCAAAAGAGAAAUUGGACGAUAGUUUAGCUUUGACUGGAGAUCAUCUUUUUUAAACAGUGGCACCACAUUUGCAAUUUUCCACUCUUCCGGAAAGACUCCAGCAUCCAAAGAUGCAUUAAUUAAUGUUGUCAGGGGUCCGUAAAGCCCACCCGCACAUAAUUUAAUGAUUUUAUUACUAAUACCAUCUGGACCACAGGCCUUUGAAAUAUCAAGUGCGACAAGAAGGUCGUAAACUUCUCUUUCUGUUGUUUGAAUGUAAGAUAGUUCCGCACAGGUUUGGAAGUAAAUAAUAUCGUUUGGAACAACUGUAUUUUGGUCAUCUACAUUGCACUGAGAACAGAAAUAAUCGUUUAAAAUUUCAGCUUUUGCCUUCGGAUCGGUGACCUCUCUUAAACCGUCUAUAAGAGUGGGAACUGCUACUUGCACCUUUCCACCAUAUAAGGUCUUAACUACAGUCCACCAUUUUUUGGUGCCUGUCAAAGGAUCAUCCAAUUGAUUGUUAACUUUUUCAAAAUACCUAGCUUUAUUAUUCCUAAUUAAAGUUGUAAAGUUCAACGCAUGUUAAGUAGAAAUGUCGAUACAUGUUGCCUUGUGAUUUGUAAUUUAUGUGUAAACAUUUUCAAUUAACAUACGUUAAAAUCAGAUUUUGUUGCAAGUUGCAGCACUUUUGUUGUUCGUGUCACUCCACCUUUAUUGACUGACUACAUCUGGUCUUAGCAGAUGGUUAAAAAACGUGGAUUGGCAUGAUGGUGUACGGUGUACCCUUUGGUGGCGCAGUCGUCAGAGCAAGAGCCUUUCACCUCUGAGAUCGUGGGUUCGAUUCUCGCUACGGACUCAUGUGAAAAGAGUCUGUCAACGCUCUGCCGAAAGUCGUGGGUUUUCUCCGGGCGCUCCGGUUUCCUCCCACAGGGAAAGUUGACAGGGUGGGUUAGGAUAAACACAGUUAUAAGAAAGUAAUCACAAUUGUUGUAAAGAUAAAAUAGUUUAGGCUAAGUGAGUAAAAUAAGUAGUAGCCUAAGCGUAAUACUUGAUGUAAUUAAUUGGUCAAUGAAAAGCCCCAAUGGGGAGUGGGCUGAAAUAAUAAUGUAAUAUAGCUAAUGUAAGCGAUUGUGCCCAAAUUGGCAAAUUAACUCCGUUCAGGAUUUUCCCUAUUAAUUACAAGUCAAUUUGUCAGUAGCUUUUAAUUAUUGAAUUUUCACAUUUUUCUUAGGUGGAGUAAUAUUACAUUCAAGUCCAUAACAAAGAGAAAUACAGAGAUUCCUGAAGAAACGGUUGCUGAAAAUGAAAGUAGAAACGAGGAAACAAAAAAGCCAAUCUCAAAUGGUUUUCAAAAACCAGCUCAGAAUAAAGUACAAGGUAUAGAAUAUACUGGACGUAAAGUUAUCCAAAAAUGUCCUUUCCUAUAUUUUCACUUAUCAAUUGGUACUUCUGAUUGCAGGGCCGUCCAGAGGGACGGCAGAGUGUCCCCCAAUGAAUGAAGUUGGAGCGUUAGCCACCUUUCACAUUUGGGGCCCCAAUAGAAGGUGCUCUAAAAUCCAACACUGUUUCUGCUGUUUGAAAAAUAUGGCGUCAUAACUACCCCCGCGGAAAAUGUUUCCUCAGUCCCAAAGGAUCCUUUGUGGCCCUAACCUGCCGUUCAAUUUAGAAUAAAUUUUUGGCAUUUAUAUCUUUCUUUUUUAUCAAGUUCAACCUUCCUCUACUCCGUCCACGUCAGGAAAGAACUCCAAAGUACGCAUUAAAUGAUUUCAUUUGUAUGUGAUAGACUGUAUUUCUGUAAUAGUAUACUUCCUUUCUUUCACAGUCGAAGUCUUCGAUGAAGAAAGGCGACGUAGCAUCGUUUUUUGCAAGACAAGCAGCAAGUAAAAGUAAAGGUGUGAAAGGAAUUUUUAUCUGUCUUCGCUUGACUUUUUCCAGCUGUUACAGAAAAGUCAAUUUGGAAAAACAGUAUGACAAAUUUGGGAAAUUUGGUUCAAUAAUUAGUGUGACAACAGACGCCAUUUUGGCACGCUGUAUGAGCAGCCCGCAACCACCCGGAGAAAAUAGGGUCGCAUGGUCAAUUGCGUUGAAAAAAUAAUAGGGUCGGCAGAGAAAGAUAGGGUCGGUCGGGAACCGGAACCACAGGUUUAUGUUUUUUAGGCCUUAUAUGUGCAAUCAACGUCUUUCACAUUGAUCACUUAGCGUAUAACGUCUUCAAUAUAGUGUCAUACAGUAAUUCUAGUGUGUAAUAUCGUAUUCGUCGCACUAAACAUUGUGCACAAGCUUGAAGACAACAUUGAACGGGGGCGUCGAUUAUCUUGUAGACGUACACGAAUUUGUCCAAAGUGUUUUGCUGUUGUUGAAAAAUUGAAUUGAAAUGUACAAUGGAAUUGUAAUUUAGAAUACACCUUCGUUAACUCAAUAGUAAAUUAGGUUUAAUCCUCUAACGUAUGCUUUGCUUGACGAUCGACCUUUUCUUUUUUAGAAACCGUUAAAUCGGUCAAUGUUAAGGGUGAAAAAGAAGAACAAGAAAAGAAAGAGAUACAAUCGAAAAAUGCGUUGGAAAAAGAACAAAACAAGUAUGUGAUUGUUAAUUAACCCAUUGAGUGGCAGCACUCUCCUGACGAGUAAAAUUGUCUGGCAUUAGACAGAGUAAAAUAAUAAAGUAGGACGCAUCUGGGCGCGUUGCCACUUAAAGGGUUAAUCUGGGCGUUUUUUGCAAUGUAGCCUGAAGAGAGCUUGCUUUGCUCCUCCGUCGCACUCAACGCUUGUGUCUAAUCCAUGCAUGUGAUCUUUGUUAAUCUGGAAAUCUGGAAGAGAGCUGGACUAGGGGCGCGUUCCUUUAACACGGCCAGACCGGUCAGACCGGUCAAGUUGUUGAAUGAAACACAAAACAUUUGGGCUUCGGACCUAUCUGACUGGAAAAUUUAGAUAACAUUAGAAUGAGGUCCAUUUUCGCUGGAUAUUUGAGAAACAUACUGUAGACCAGAUCUUUCUAUUGAUACAGAGAAAAGAAUUCGGGUCUGACCGGUCAGGCCAUUAAAUGGAAAGCGCCCUAGUUGUCCAUUAGAAACCAUUAUCUGAUUAAAACUAAGUUACCAAAUUUGUCAUGAUCUUGUGCGUUUCAUUACUAAAUGUAUCUAGUACCAAGUUUCAACUAUAGUUUCAUAAUUCAUAAAGGCGACAGAAGAGACAAGAAAUAAGACACCGUGCAGGCUCUUUGCCCGCAGUCAAAUCAUCUCGAUACACGAAAUAUGUUUUUUAAAUCUUUAUUUUUUAGAUCUGAUAGUACGUCUUCUAAUAAAAAUGUGAAGGUAAAUCUCAAUGUUGUUCUCGACAAGAACGAUCUAAAUGUAUUAGAUAAAUUUAGAUUACUUCAUGAUAUGUUGGUGAAAACGUACGAUUUUUAUUCACGAGUUGUGAGGGAUCGCUUUAAACGAAUGAGUGGAGCACUACACUGUACAUACGAGUGAGCCAUAAAUAGCAAUCCUUUACAACGAGUAAAUAAUAAAAAUCGCACAAACAAAUCGACAGAGAUAAUUAUCCUACACUAACAGGCUCACAAUGAUUAACACGGAAGCAAGCAGUAUAUCUAACUUCAAAACAAAUUUCUUGGCGAUUAUGUCAUCAUUUUCUUGUCAUAAUUCCAAAAAAACGGGUUCUUUAACAUUUAAUUAUCGUGUGUUCCUGACGGCAAUACUAAUAUAGCAUAAAAUUCAUGAAACAAAUACUGUAGGUCCACAUUCGAGACUUCGCUAAACCGUGGGCCAUGAAUGUACAUAAUUAUGACAGCCCCGAAACAACAUUUAGGGAAUGCAGGCUUGAAUUUAAAGAUGAUAUAAUUUUCGUGGCAGUGUAUAUUUGAGACAAUCAUAGCUACUGCUGCAUUUUAUAACGUAUAUAAUUAUGAAGGCAAGUUGAUAAAUUGUAAAUUGUAUUCAAGUUUUGUCUCCUAGAAUGAGAAAAGGUCGUUAAAGGAUGAGAAUGAGAGUGUAAAAAAUGUUAAAGAGAAAGAUGUUGAAACAAAUGAAAAGGAAGAUGAACAGAAAAUUGUUGACCAGACAGACGAAGACUUUUCAACCAAAAAGUCAAGCCCAAAGCAAGGUAAUCUGUGGCUAAUACAUGUAGGUAAUUCGUUAUUUCUAUAUUACAGUAGAAGGAACGCUGUCAACAUCUCAGGAACACUGGAGACUAUAUCCGCAGUGUAUGACAUGUCUUUUGUGUCGAGCAGUCGCAAAUAAGAACCUGACCUGCGCUGUGAAAUGUUCAUUCUUUCAAGAAUAUUUAACAGUUCGAUUGUCAGUCACUUAGUCCAAAUACAAGAACCUUCCCACUCCCCCUUCUGUAUUAAUUUGUUCUGAUUUUCCUAUAUAUACUUUACCACUCUGUUUUACCGUCGGCGUCGGCAGCGAUUAUAGCAGAUUAUGAGCAAAUUGGGCGAUAAAAUUUUAUGUUUUUAUAGGAUAAUUUGUGACAAAGAAUGCAUUUUUCGUUAGAUGACUGCAUGUUAACACAUAAUUAAAAGUUGAUGAAUUUAAACUUUCUCGACACCAUAAUUAUGUAUAACCACUACAGUAUAAUCAGAACAACUUACACAAGUCGAACCGCUGAAAUGGGAAGGUUCUUGUAUUUUGACCAGGGGUGGAAACAAUAUUUUGCUCUCUGGGACGAAAAGAGAACAUUUAAUAUAAUCAGAACAACUUACAGAAGCCGAAGUGGUUUUCUUGUAUUUUGACCUAAUUUUAACAUGAGAAUCAGUAGCCAAUCAUUUUAUCUGUCAGUGUUCAUGCUUAUAUUACUUAUAUUUAAAUGACAGAAUUUUUACUUAUUACGUCUAUCACGUAACCAUGACAUCCUUUCAAAUCAUGCAUGAAUGUGAGAAAGUAAAUAUAUGAUUUCAUACGUGAUAUUAAUGUUUCUUUUAACGAAUUUGUUGAACAAUUAUUAACAGGCGAAAAGAAAUCACGAAAAACACAAAAACAAAAUGUAAGUGUUGCUGUUAUACAAGACCUAUAUAAGCUAUUACCCUGGGGCCGGUUGUUCAAAGCUGGAUUAGCGCUAACUCUGGAUUAAAAGUUAACCUGCUGUUUUAGUUUGUGUAUCUUUGCACGUCUGUUUAUUCAAAACUUCAGAAAAGAAAACUCGUAUUGAUCCACACAAGAUUUCUGAAGAAAUAUUUCCAAGUUCAUAAACAAGCUAUAAUAGUUUUGUUUGUGGACACACCACGUAAAUUUAUUACUGCAAAGCUUUCGAUCCGUAAGCCUGGAUCUUCAUCAGUGCUAAUAAUAUGCAUAUUAUUAGCACUGCUGAAGAUCCGGGCUUACGGAUCGAAAGCUUUGCAAUAAUAAAUUUACGUGGUGUUUCCACAAACAAAACUGUUAUAUUUUAUCGCUAUGCAAACAUACAAAGAACUUAUUCAUAAACAAGCUGUUGGGAAGUGUGCUGUGAAUUUUAGCUUAACCUAGGGUUAGCUAACCAGCUUUAGAACAACCAGACCCUGGAUAGUAAAUUAAUGUUAAAAUUUUACACACAACGGCUUAUCCGUUAUUUCACAGAAAAAUGAAAAGGAAGAAAGGAAAGAAACAAAAAGGUACAAUAAGAUACUGUACUUUAUUUACAAUUAUAAUUUUUUAUUUAUAUUAAACAGCUGAUUACAUACAUGGGUAAUUUUCGGUACAGAAUACGUUUUCAUCACAGUUGUUGAUGUAAGAAGAUUUGAAAAUGAAACACGCGCUUACCACAGAGCUAGUGCUAGGUGUAUGAUUUUGUUUGUAAAAAACGUAAGAAAUCACGACAUUCUCAGCUGAUGCUGUUAGCUUAAGGUGCUUGAAAUGGCAUUAAGCUAGUAGCGAACAAAGAAUCUGUUAUGAAACGUGUGCUACAAUAGUCACUUCACAUUUAAUUGUCGUGCAAGCUAAAUUUGUCUAUUCAAGUUUCUAUACGGUGUUUUUAUUAAAAUCCAUGCCACACCUUAAUCAGCUGGACUGAAGUUUCAGCGUGUUAACAAUUCAUCUGGUAAUCAGCCCCUAUUUUGUCCUGUACAAUAUUAAGUUCAUGUAUAUAUAAGACAUGCAUGCGUGCAACCGUAAUUUAAUACUGUAACAAGCAUUCUGACUCUCACAAAUUUCAAUACACUAUUCAUGUUUUCCAGUAAAAAAAGAAAAACUUCAUCGAAAGAAGAAAGUGAAGGUAUAUAGAUAUAUAAAUGUAUCAUAUAUAUACACCUCUUAUUAAUGUGUCACAUGCAACGGUAUUUACAAUAUCGUGUAUUAUAGUGUUCCCCUUUAAUAUACUUAAUCAUGAAGCUGCAACAUUUCGUUUGUUUAGAGUCUAAAGGGAAAACAAAAACACAGCGGAAAAAGAGAAAGCGAGUUAAGAAUUUCUCUGAUACAAGCAGUGAGGAGGAAGGUAAUUAGCGCAUUCAAUUCGGCUGUCCUCUUUCAAUAGUGAAGUUCAGAUUUGACUUCCACUACCGCUACCAUUAAGGGACC